AGACAGAAAUCCAAUCUCUCCGUAGAGCACACUCGGCAGUGUGUCAACUUCUCUCAAGAAUAUCUACAGCUCAGACAGAUUUUAAAUCUUUGUGAUCUACUUAAUUUCACAUUUUUUCCAGUUCCAUUUAAGCUACUCGAUACUCCAGGAAAAGAAAAUGCUGCCUGCAACCUUCAAACUUUGUGCUGGCAUCUCCUACCGGCAUAUGAGAAACAUGACAGGGUUGAGGAAGAAUGCCAUGGUGGCCAUUCACCAUGAGCUGAACAGACUGGCAGGUCCAGGCUCCAGUAACUGGAUCAACCAGGUUCGCAGACGGAGCUCCCUCCUCAGUUCCCGGAUUAAAAAGGAGGACGGAUACAGCGAGGAGGAGAUGUCUUAUGUGAAGCAAGGGGAGGAUGCACUCCAGAAGGCCAUCAAAAUCCUCAGCGAGCAGGAUGGCUGGACCAUUGAAACAGUUGCUGCAAACGGAGACAAAGUCCUGAGUAAGGUGUUGCCUGACAUCGGGAAGGUGUUCAAGCUGGAAGUGAUGCUGGAACAACAUCCUGACAAUCUUUAUGAGGAGCUAGUAGGGAACAUGGAGCAAAUGGGGGAGUGGAACCCUCGCGUCAAACAGGUCAAGAUCCUUCAAAAGAUCGGCCAGGACACAAUGGUUACCCACGAGGUGUCUGCAGAGACACCCGGCAACGUCGUGGGACCGAGGGACUUUGUCAGUGUCCGUUGUACCAAACGUCGGGGCUCCACCUGCUUCCUGGCUGGAAUGUCCACUCAGCAUCCAAAAAUGCCCGAGCAGAGGGGUGUCGUCAGGGCGGAGAAUGGGCCUACCUGUAUAGUUAUGAAGCCCUGUGCUGAAGACCCAAAUAAGACCAAGUUCACAUGGUUACUGAGCUUAGAUCUAAAGGGCUGGAUCCCCAAGACAAUCAUAAACAAAGUGCUCUCUCAGACGCAGGUGGACUUUGCCAGCCACCUCAGGCAAAGGAUGGCUAAUAAUGUUUCUAUGGAGAUGGCUCAUGCCUGCUGACACAAGAUGCCUCUUGAGCUUUGGCACAGUGCACUCAACAGUGGCAGAAAAGCGAGACCUCUGCUCAUUAGAAAUUACGUAAAUCUGCUCAUAGCUGCUGAAAAAAAAUCUGAAAAUCCAGAGGAGAUCAAACGAAGACGACACUUGUCUGAGGUCUUUGGAAAAUCUGUGCAUAAAUGCUAAUGUGUGUUUUUCUUGCCCAUAUGAAUAUAAAAUCUGUUAUGAGAUUUCGCAUCACUGACACCAAUCUUACACAUUUUGUGCCUCGAUGGUGUCUGACACAUUCAUCCACAUCACUCCACUGCACCUUGGCAGACACACUGAGCCAGUGUGAACGGUCAAACAUGUAACACAAAUGGUACUGUUGACUCUGGGUGUUUCCCUCUGAUAACACCCCAGCUAUUUGGCCUCUCUGUGCUGUAAAAUCGAACUUUUAUUUCCAUGUUUUAUUUAUUGCGAUUGCAGAGAUGCUUUACAUUACAGUGACUGUCAAGUGAAUAAACAAUUCCAAUGUCA